GACUGGAAUUUUGGAACAGUGGCAUGAGCUAACACUUCAUUUUGGUAUUUCUGGUACCCAAGAAAAAUGUUUACAAGCUCAACACCUCAGCGAAUUAUUUAAGGACGUGCAAAAUCUGUUAUACCUUCAGUUUUUGAAACCAGUUUUGCAAGAAAUGCAACAUGUUAAUAAAUGCUUCCAGAGUCAAAAUACAGACUCAUCAAAAUUGCUGAAUGACCUGAUACUAGCUAUAAGGUCUUUGCAAAAGAAAAUUAUUCCAGAAGAAAAAAGAUCGACAUAUUAUUUCAAAAUGAUUUUGAAAAAUUUGUAGUCAAAGACCUAUAUCUUGGCUAUGAAUUUGAAAAACUGAUUAAAAAUAUUAGAAUGGACAUGACAGCAGAAUCAGUCAUUAGGGAGUGCUGCACGAAUUUUAUUAUUGAGCUUGUAAAGCAGUUGAAGCAAAGGCUGCCCGAUAAUUUCGAGAUACUAAGACAAACCGAUAUAUUUGCUGUGGAAAAUGUUUUGAAAUUUAAGCAGCCUCAUAUCGUUGCCAUUCUCGAAUUUUUUAAAAUUUCAAAAAUUGCUGAUGUUGAAAGACAAUAUGCUGAUGUACGACUGUGUACUUGGCAAAACACGGAAAAUACGCUGGCAUUUUGGCUUGAAGUACUAGCGUACCGUGACUCAGCCGGAAACCAACGGUUUUAUGAAUUGGCAAGCGUUGCGGUACAGAUUCUGUCAUUACCAUGGUCAAACGCAGAUGUAGAGCGGGUCUUCAGCCAAGUCAAUUUAGUUAAAUCUAAAUUAAGAAAUGGAAUGAAUUUAAAUACUCUUAACUCUAUUUUAAGCAUACGGACUAAAUCGAAACGACAAAUGCUGCUACGAGUACACAUUGCCUCCUAAAUGAAUGCGAGCAGUAAGCACUCGAGAUUAUUAUCCAGACGAAGAGGCAGUGAGUUUGGAUGAACUCAUAAAUGAGCUACAGAAUUAAUAAAAUUUACCUUUAACUUGAA